UUAUGAAGUGUCCACUCUUUUUUCUGGAAGUAAAUAUCCAACUGCCAACUUAUAUUUUGGUGGAGUGUUUAAGAUUCAAAAAUGCAUAAUGGAGGAGAUGAAAAGUGAUGAUCAAGAUAUAAAAUCCAUGGCAAAUGAUAUGAAAAUAAAAUUUGAUAAAUAUUGGGAAUGCUACAGUGUUAUUUUGUCAUUUGUAGUCAUUUUGGACCCCCGAUACAAGGUGAAGUAUGUAGAGUUUUGCUUUGAGAAAUUGGGAGUUAGUUCUGAUUAUGUGUUGACUAUCUUAGAGAAACUGAGAAAGCUUUACAAAGAAUAUGAGCGAGCAUCUCUAGAUACAUCUGUAGCUGAGAGCAGUGGUGAAGAGAACUUUGGAGAUAUCCCUAAUGAUGAGAUGGUUGAGUUUGAACUGUUUGAGAGUCAACUAUAUUUAGCAAGUAGGUCCAAGUCUCAGUUAGAAGAGUAUUUAGAUGAAAAAUUAGUCAGUUGGAAGAAAAAUGAUCAUUUGAAUGUUCUCGAGUAUUGGAAAGGCGAAUGCGAGAAGCGUCCUCAAUUGUCGAUGAUGGCUCGAGAUAUAUUGAGUAUUCCUAUUACUUCGGUGGCCUCUGAAUCGGCUUUCAGCAUUGCGGGACGUGUGCUUGACAAGUAUCGAAAUCGUCUUCUUCCGGAGAAUGCUGAAGCUCAAAUUUGUACUGGUUCUUGGUUAGACGGUAUUCCUUCUCUGGCAGACAUUGAAGAAGGAAAUUUAUUAGUACAUGAUUUCAGUAAUCUAGAGGUUUUUGAAUCGGAAGGCGAAAGUGAUUAAGGCUGCUGUUUCCGACUUGAGAAAGGCACAUAAAUUUUCUCCAGAAGAUGAGACUAUAGCAGAAGUUUUCAGAGAACCUUGAAUUUGUUCAAUAAAUGGCACAGACGAAUUCUGACGAGAAAGCAAGCGCUGCUGCUGAAGCUGUUGCUGCUGCUGCUGCUGAAGUUGCUGAAGCUGUUGUUUCCUGGUCUUUUCUUUCUUCUGUCAUGAUCCUGUUCAUGCCUGAACAUUUGAAAGAUGAGAAAUAAGUAGACUAUGGUUGUGCUACUAUUUUGUUUAUAGACGAACUUACUACUCUUCUAGUUUAUCAAGUAAUUAAGUAGAUUAUCCUUACUAAUCGUGAUCGUGUUGCUGAUAGUUAUGAUGUCGUUUA